AGGAAUGUUCGCACCACAAACUUGAGCUGAUCCUCCAUCGCGUCUGGCGCUGCUCCUCGUGUUCCCAGAAAGGCUUCAGUUUGACUCUUUUCAUCCUCCUUCAUUUUAAACUUUAACUGUUUAUGAAUAGAUUUUUUUUUUCAAACGGGAAAUAAGUGAAAAUCACCAGAAUAUCUUCAACAAAACUUUACAUCAGUCUGUGUCACUACUGAACGCAACUAUGUCCCGGAGGAAAGUGAGGGGACUCACGAAAACCGGACGACAGGUGAGCGAGGAUCCGGACCUCGACAGUUUGCUGUCAAACCUGUCGCCCGAGGAAAUGGAGGAGCUGCAGAAAGAGGUUUCUGUCGUUCCCGAUCCAGAUCCGAGUGAAAUCAUCGUUGUGGACCAAACAGAUUUUAAACCAACCGCGCCAGUUAAAAAGGAAUCACAGCUGAGCAGCCAGACCGAUGACUUCAGAUCCCGCUUCCAGAGAAACCUUUCAACUGAGGGAGAGCCGAAGAAGGAGAGCCGGAAGCAAGAGUACCUGCGUAAGAUGGGCCUAAGCCAAGAGAAGAAUACCUCCGCAUCUGAUAGCAAAGAUGGGGGACUUCAAAGGACCCCUUCCACCUCUUCCUUCUCUAAACGUGAUGGUAGGAUGGAGGACAGAACCUGCAAAGUCACAGAGGGCAGCAAAGAUGACAAAUUUGGCCCAUCUGACCUUUCUAGGAAGGACGAGGAGAGUGAGAAGAAAGUAGAGGUGAAGGAUCAAAAUGAUAGGAGUAAAUUCAAAGAUAGACGAGAGAUGAGAGAAAGUAGUAGCAGCAAAACCAAAGAAUUAAUAUCCAAGCUUCAGGAGAAGAAGGAGGAUAGUAAAGAGAAAAAUAAAAAGGAAGACAGUUGGAAAAGGGAAUCUGGGGAAAGUAGAGCAAAGGAGAUGAUUUCAAGGAUGAAGGAGAAACAGGAGAAGGAAAUGGAGAGAAAGGAAGAGUUUAGGAAGAGAGAGGAAAACAAAACUAGAGGCUAUUCAUCCAGAAUAGAGGAAAAACAAAAUCAGGUUCUAGAAGAUAAACUGAAAGAAACCAAGAAGGACAAUGAAGAAAACAAAAUAAGAAGGUUAAGUGAAAAGGUGAAAGAGAGCCCCUUGUUGGAAGUAAAGGGACUUCCUGAAAAUACAGAGAAAGAACCCCAAAAAGCUGUGAGGAAGACACAAGAAUUUGCUGAAAAAUCAAUAAUCGAUAAGGAAACUGAGGAUGUUCAGAAAAAAAAUGAGAUUGUAAAGGAAGUUAAUGAGCCCAUUAAGGAAGAGAAAAUUGGAAACGGUGUCUCAGACACUAUUUCAAAAAGUAAGACAACAGAGGAGGAAGAGGAGGAUGAGUCGACCAGCAUGUUUGAUGAAGAUCUGGAGAGAGUUUGUUGUAAUGAUCCAAGCAUGACUGACCUCAACGUUAACAAUUCUGAGGUCAUAAAAACCAAAACACUUAUUCAGUUCUCAGAGGCCCUAAAAAACAACACACACAUCAAAGUGUUUUCUUUGGCUAACUGCCGAGCUGAUGACCAUGUGGCUUAUGCUAUUGCAGAGACCUUGCGCAAUAACAAAAGCAUCACUAGCAUCAAUUUGGAUUCCAAUCUUCUGACUAGCAAAGGCGUUAUGGCCUUGAUCCGUGCCCUCCAACACAACUCCACACUCACUGAGUUACGCUUCCACAACCAGCGACACAUCAUCGGAGGAAAGUCUGAGAUGGAGAUGACCAAAAUCUUGAAAGAAAACACAACUCUUCUGAAAUUGGGCUACCACUUUGAGUUAGCUGGCCCUCGUAUGACCAUGACCAAUAUUCUGAGUCGCAAUAUGGACCGUCAGCGGCAAAAGCGGCUGCAGGAACAGAAGCAGGCUCAAGCCCAAGGCACUGGAGACAAGAAAGACUCAUUAGAAGUUCCAAAACCUGGCUUCGGUAAAAGCUCCCCGAGAGCUUCACCCAGGCCAUCUCCCAUUCCUUCUCCCAUACCAUCACCUGCCCCGUCACCCAAGUUGACUCACAAGAAAAGGCUCAGUGGGUUUGGUGGUGGACAACCACCUCCACCACCACCUGGAGGACCACCACCACCACCUGGAGGACCACCACCACCUGGAGGACCACCACCGCCUCCACCUCCAAUGCUAGAUGGAGAUUUCCUGAAGAACUCCCUGACGCCCGUAUCACAAAGGAAGCUAGACAAUAGGAGUGGUGGAAGAGGAGGAGCUCAAAACUCAAGAGACCAACUUCUGGCUUCCAUUAGAGGCACCAAUAUCAGAAAGCUCAAAAAGGUUGCAUUACCAAAGCUCUUGCAAUAAUCCAGCAUUACAGAGAUAUAGUUGUGGGUGAAAAAAAAGACAGGAAUGAAAGGACAGACAUCUCACAGACCUUGAGAAGAUCAUUACUCAGAAUCUUCCAUACAGAGUCUUACUGCUGCCCUAUAGUAUGGAAGACAUGCAAGGAUUCGUAUAUAAUCAAAUGCACAGCCUCUACCCAGGAGUCUUUGUACAAAAUACACUGGACGAUAUAAAGAAAUGAAAGUGUUGGGCAGUCAUGGGUGCUCAGAGUCUUCAGUGGCCUGUGGAACUGCAGAGUUUAUUCCUUGCUUGUCAUUUGCACUAAAUUAAUAAUUUCAUACGAUAGAUUUACUAGUGUGUGUUUGGAACAGUAUGAGUGGAUGCUGAGCAGAUGUUUGUUUCUGCAGUAGAAUUGGAUUUUCUUACAGGUGACUGAAUUGAGCUAUGUAAGAAACAAUAAUUGCCUGUAUUUUAUCCUAGUUAUUUUGGGUUUGGGAAUCUCUAUAGCAGUGAUCCUCAAAUCUGGCUCGCGAGAUCCAGUUUCCUGCAGAGUUUAGCUCCGACUCCAAUUAAACACACCUGCCUGUGAUUUUCUAAUUAUCCUGAAGACACUGAUUAGCAAACUCAUGUGUUUUUGAUUAGGGUUAGAGCUAAACUUUGCCGGAAAGUGGAUCUCGCGAGCCAGAUUUGAGGAUCACUGCUCUAUAGUAAAAGCUCUUGCUGAUCAGGGAAUAAUAAAAUCACAAAUCAAUGUAUAGUUUCCAUGGUACUACAGAUUUUUUAAUACAUUGUUUUAAAUGAUUGAGUGUGAAAGAGAACAGAAUUACAGCAUUCAAGAGAAAGGGAUUGAUAAUCAGAUCUAUGUGAAUAUGACUGCCUAAACAAACAAUAUUUAUUUUGAUCUGAGUUUUCCUUUAACUUUGUAUGUAAUCCAUUGAUUAUAUAAAUGUUGAUCACGUGUGAUCCAUCUGUAAUUUAUAAAAAAAAAAUUAAUGUAGCAAGUUUUUACUUUGGGAAUGGAAGCAAUCUCUGCACAAAAAAAAGGUUAAUGUACCUUACAUGCUUAGGUAAUAUAUUUUCAUGCUUGUAUGAAAGUCUCUUCAACAUCUGAAGGCUAAAUGUAUGCUUAAUGAAAAUAAGCAGUAUGAAACAUAAAUUCACAAAUCUUUUUUUCAGGUUUCAAUGUGGGAAAUCAAGCUGAAUAAUUCAGUGUGUGUUAUUUAGAAAAAUAAAACUUGUUUUAGAUGAA